AUGGUCGCCGCUCGGAAAUUACGGCCUUACUUUCAGGCUCACCUGGUGGUGGUCGUCACUUCAUUCCCUAUAAAGCGGGUCCUGCAUAAGCCCGAGCUUUGCUCUCGGCCCUCGAAAAGGAGGUACGCCUUCAGAGCGGGGCAAAGGAAGAAGGGAGAAUGGAUCCUGCAUGUGGAUGGUUCAAGUAACGUUCGAGGGGCAGGAGUAGGGAUUGUACUCACGUCCCCAACAGGAAACACAGCCUCGAGAGCCGUCAGAUGUAAUUUCAAAGCGACGAACAACGAAAACGAGUACGAGGCCUUGAUCGCUGGGCUAUCGCUCACUCACCAGCUGGGUGCGGAGAACAUCCAAGUCUACAGCGACUCCCAACUGAUUAUCAACCAGGCACAGGGAGAAUAUCAGGCUAAAGAUGACAGUAUGAUCCGGUAUCUGGCGGUCGCUCAACGACUCAUCAAGAAGUUCAAAAGCUGCAAGCUCACUCAGAUACCCAGGGAGCAGAAUUCACAAGCUGAUGCUCUGGCCAACUUAGGGUUCGCCCUCGAGACCCAGACCCAGAUGAGCAUCCCCCUGUUAGUGCUCCAAUGUCCGGCCACCUUAGUAGAGCCACAAAACGAAGAGAUUUCCACCAUCGAAGAAGAAGAAACUUGGAUGACUCCCCUGGUCCGGUAUCUAGAGGACGAUAUACUUCCAGAAGACCGCAACGAGAGCAGGAAAAUCAAGAAGAAGGCCACUAAGUACUGUCUCUCUCAGGGAAAGCUAUACCGCAGGUCGUUCUCUAGCCCAUAUCUGAGAUGUGUUAGACCCCAUGAAGCGACUAAGAUCCUAGUGGAAUUACACGAAGGAGAUUGCGGGUCUCACUCCAGCGGCAGGAGCCUAGUACUGAGAGCCAAAAGAGCAGGCUAUUACUGGCCCACAAUGGCCGAUGACGCCAACCAAAAAGCUAAAUAUUGUGGCAGUUGCCAAAGGCACGCCCCUGUCUCCAGACUGCCUCCAAAGAACCUCAAGUCCAUAAGCUCGCCCUGGCCAUUCAGGAAAUGGGGCAUGGAUAUAGUAGGAAAGUUACCCAUGGCGCCGGGGCAGAAGGUCUUCCCCCUGAUAGUAACAGAUUACUUUUCGAAAUGGGUCGAGGGAGAAGCACUCACCAGAAUAACCGAUCUCCAGAUCAGAAAGUUCAUAUGGACGAACAUAAUCACGCGGUUCGGGGUUCCAGAAGAAAUCGUCACUGACAACGGCCCCCAGUUUACGAGCCACAAUUUCAAGGAGUUCUGCAAAGACUGGGGCAUCAGACUCUCCUUUGCUACGCCGUGA